CAAUCCAAACCCAUGCCCCAACGAAAAUCAAAUCAUUCAAAUCGAUCGUCUGCACAGUGGUCACCUUAUUUCCUGGAAAAACCCAAUCAUCUCUGCCAAACCCUCAAACCCCUAAACCCCAAAACACUCACAUACCGUUCAUUCCUCUGAGAUCUGACCCCUUUCCAAAGCUUCUCAUCGCUUGUGACUUGUGAGCAAAAUCCCAAGUGUUUUCUUCCAUGGAAAAGUGAGUUGAUUGUUGGGUUUUACGGGUUUUGAUUCGAUUACAAAGACAAUGCAAGGGUUCAGAGCCAAGUGCAGAGUAGGAGUUUUGAUCGUCUUAUGCAUUUGGAUCAGCCUCGCUGCAUUGUACGGUCUAUUGAAGCCUGUUUCAAAUGGGUGUGUGAUGACUUACAUGUAUCCUACUUACAUUCCCAUUUCUACUCCUACCCAUUUGGCGUCUCCCAAGUAUGGGUUGUUUUUGUACCAUGAAGGGUGGAAGAAGAUUGAUUUCGAUGACCAUCUCAAGAAGCUCAGUGGAGUUCCCGUUCUUUUCAUUCCGGGCAAUGGGGGAAGCUACAAGCAGGUACGAUCCUUAGCAGCAGAAUCUCAUAGGGCAUAUCAAGGAGGUCCUCUUGAGCAUGCAUUUUAUCAAGAAGCCUCUCUAACUCCUGAGGAGGGAGGAUUGGAUAUGGAUGUAGCUGGAUUUUCAUUAGCCAAUCAGUAUGCUUCCAUGCUAGACUGGUUUGCUGUCGAUCUAGAAGGUGAACAUUCUGCAAUGGAUGGUCGGAUACUUGAAGAACACACUGAAUAUGUUGUAUAUGCCAUUCAUCGGAUUUUGGACCAAUAUAAAGAGUCUUAUGAUGCUCGUGUGAGAGAAGGUGCUGCCAACUCUGGGCCUUUGCCGAAGAGUGUCAUAUUGGUUGGUCACUCUAUGGGUGGUUUUGUUGCUAGAGCUGCAAUUGUCCACCCACAUUUAAGAAAGUCAGCAGUUGAAACAGUUCUUACACUUUCAAGCCCACACCAGUCACCUCCAGUGGCAUUGCAGCCAUCCUUGGGUCAUUACUUUGCACAUGUAAAUCAGGAAUGGAGAAAAGGUUAUGAGGUUCAAUCCUCUCGCAUGGGAAAUCAUAUUUCUGAUCCUUCUCUCUCUCAUGUUAUUGUCAUCUCCAUUUCUGGAGGUUUUAAUGAUUACCAGGUAAGAUCAAAGUUGGAAUCCCUUGAUGGUAUUGUGCCCCCCACCCACGGAUUUACCAUCAGUAGCACUGGCAUGAAAAAUGUUUGGCUGUCCAUGGAACACCAGGUUAUUUUAUGGUGUAAUCAACUAGUUGUACAGGUGUCACACACUCUUCUCAGUUUGAUAGACCCCAAAACAAAUCAACCAUUUCCUGGCACUCAAAGAAGAGUUGCAAUAUUUGCAAAAAUGCUUCGUAGUGGUAUUCCACAGAGUUUUAAUUGGAUGAGGUCACAACCAUUUCAGCAGUCAAUGCAUGUUCCCUUUCAGGAUAAAUUGGAUAAUUCUGGAUCCCAGGUGCACAGUUUGUCUGCUUGUCCCAAUACUUUCCACUGGAGUAAUGAUGGCCUUGAGAGGGACCUAUACAUUCAGACAACUACUGUUUCUGUCUUGGCAAUGGAUGGGAGGAGGCGAUGGUUGGACAUAGAGAAACUGGGAUCAAAUGGGAAAAGUCAUUUCAUAUUGGUUACAAACCUUGCUCCAUGUUCUGGGGUUAGACUACAUCUUUGGCCUGAAAAGGGAAAAUCAACUUUGAACUUGCCUGCUAGCAAGAGGGUUGUUGAGGUGACAUCAAAGAUGGUGCACAUUCCAUCAGGACCAGCACCAAGGCAGAUUGAACCUGGUGGCCAGACUGAGCAAGCACCUCCAUCAGCUGUGUUUCAAUUGCGUCCUGAGGAUAUGCAUGGUUUCAGAUUCCUGACCAUCUCAGUGGCACCUCGUCCGACUGUUUCAGGCAGACCUCCACCAGCAGCUUCCAUGGCAGUUGGACAAUUCUUUAACCCAGAGGAAGGGGAGACAGAGUUCUCUCCUCGCGCGUUGCUUCUUUCUACCUAUUCUCAAAAGGACAUCAUGUUGAAGGAGGAUCAUCCUCUUGCUUUCAAUAUGUCAUUCAGUAUCAGCUUAGGCCUUUUGCCUGUUACUUUAUCUCUGAAAACUGCUGGUUGUGGAAUUAAAAAUUCUGGUCUUCCAGUUGAAGAGGCUAGAAGCAUGGAAAAUACCAGGCUUUGCAAACUGCGCUGUUUCCCACCUGUAGCACUUGCUUGGGAUACUACAUCAGGUCUUCAUGUGGUUCCAAAUUUGUAUGGGGAGACUAUUGUGGUGGAUUCCUCACCUGCACUUUGGAGUUCGGCUCAAGGGUCUGAAAAGACCACACUUUUGUUACUGGUAGACCCCCAUUGUUCUUACAAAGCUAGUGUUGCUGUUUCUAGCAGUGCUGCUGCCAGCAGAUUUUUGCUUCUAUAUUGUUCACAGAUAGUUGGCUUCUGCAUUGCUGUUAUAUUUUUUGCUCUAAUGCGACAAGCACAUGCAUGGGAGCUUGAUCUUCCUAUACCUUCGAUGAUAACAGCUGUAGAAUCCAAUUUGAGAAUGCCAUUGCCAUUUCUUCUCCUAGCUGCAGUACCCAUUUUGAUUUCCUUGUUGCUUUCCUUGCUAACAUCCCAGCUAUUUCCUCCAGUUGCAAGCUUCAUCACAGUCUCAAUAAUUUGCUAUUUGUUUGCAAAUGGGUGCAUUAUCAUUGUAAUUUUGAUUUCACAAUUGGUCUUCUAUGUGGCUGCUGUUGUACAUGUUUUCAUCAAGACACGGUGGCAAUUGUGGGAAGGAAAUUUUCGCUUUACAUUCUUUCAUUGGUUCAUUAAUCUUUCCUCCAGUAUCUUUUCUUUCAAGGUGGUAAGGGCCCUAAGAGCCAAUCCAUUGCUUGUUACAGCACUGGUUGCCAUUACCUUGGUGUGCUUUGUUCAUCCAGCAUUGGGUCUUUUUAUCCUGCUCUUUUCUCAUGCUUUGUGCUGUCAUAAUGCACUGUGCGGUUUUUUUACGGCUUCCUUUCGCAGCCAUGCAAGAAGAAAGGAGUUAAUUGAUUACAUAAAUGAAGGCAAUGGUGGUGUUGAGCAAUUUCAAUUGAAAGAUGAAGGUGAACUCAACCAGAGCGUUCCUCUGGAUGAGAGCUACUCCAGUAGUCCAAACUCUGCAAAAAGCUUUAGUGACACCCAAUUAGAGAUCUUCCACCACCGGCAUGGCAUACUUAUUUUGCAUCUUCUCGCAGCUCUAAUGUUUGUCCCUUCACUUGUUGCUUGGUUUCAGAGAAUUGGGAUGGGUCAGAGCUUUCCCUGGCUCCUGGAUUCAGCUCUUUGUGUUGGUGUAAUUUUCCAUGGUAUCUGUGACUCAAAGCCUGAAUUCAACCCCCUCUUGUUUCCCUUCCCAGUCAUACCUGGCUUCCAGGAAGUCAGGCGGAGCCACAUCUACCUGUUUGCUGGCCUUUACUCCUACCUCUCUGGACUUGCCUUAGCCCCUUACAGGGUGUUCUAUGCUAUGGCUGCCAUAGGGCUCAUCUCCUUCACUUUCAAGAUCAUAGAGAGAAGGAGCAGAGAGAAGGGAGAGGCAUACGUUAGCAGCCGUAAGCAUUCUCAUAGACACUGAAAGAUCCUCCCCCUGAAAGCAAGAUGUAUACUCAAGUUUUGAUGUUGCUAGAUCCUUACAACACCCCUUUGUACAAUCAUAUGCAGUUGCUGAUACCGGUGACAGCAAGUCCCAUGGACAUAGCUCCACUUGCCUGCAGUUUUGGUGUUCAAAGCUUUGUCAACAAGCAUAAUGUAACCUGAAAAUUAGUGUGAACAGAAAAAGAAAGAGAGAAAAUGAAGCUUAUGACAUGUAUUGGUUGUGUCCCCCAUUUUGAGGGGGAAAAUAGAAGCUAAAAGAGGGGGAGAAUCAUUUGUAGUGAGUGCUGGCUUUUGCAAUGGUGAAUGAUGGUGUUGUUUUUGACCAACAAGCUUGGGUUAAUGGAUUACCCCCUUCUAUUGAA